AUGGUCAAAGAUGAAAAACAGUUCUAUAUCAUACAUUUAAGUGGAAAGCAAAACGACAGAAUAUCAGACUUCAAAUCAGGUAUUUCAAUCACGAAUAUCAACCUUGCAAGUGUAAAGAAGACCAAAGCUAUUCAUAACAGUGAAAAUGUUUUAAUUGAUCUCAAACGAUGGGAAAGUUUUGAAGAGGAACAAUUAAGGAGUGAUGAAUUCCACAAAUCAAUCGCUGAAAUUGACAAAAACAAAUUAUUUCCAAACACCGUUACUUUCCCACCCUUUGACGUAAAAGCAAAGGAAGGUGAUGAUAAUAAAACAAAGAUAUCAGAUAAGCUUUUUAAAAACGAAACCAGUCAUGUUAAUAAAACAGACAAUACUGAAAAAAAGAAUAAUCAACACGAAUAUGAUGAAUCGGAGAGAGAAACCUCCGAUGAGUUUAAUCAGAAUAAAAUUCUUUAUCAAACACCUUUCACAUUACCUACACAAUUUGAAUCAGCCGAAAAAGAUAAAGGUAAACUAAAUUACCUUGAGAAAAACAGUGCAGACCAUUGUCAUGUCACGACCGAUGUUGAUUUUGUUUGUAAAACAAAUAACAAUAUAAACAUUGAUGGACCAGAAGGAGAAAAAAAACUGGAUAACAUAACGAUUGUUAAGAUUGAUAUUGAUUGCAAGACCGUCACAUGCAAAAAAGAGGGGACAAGGGUCGAUAUAAAAGAUAUAGCUGAUGAAACAAAUGGUCAAUUCAAAGUGAAGAGUGUCAAUUCGGCAAAUUUAUGUUUGAUUUCAAAUAAAGGAGAACAACAGAUAACUGAUGAAAUUAAAUAUGAAAACAAGGAGAAAGAACAGAUGUCUAAAGAUAUAAGUUGCUUGAAUGUAGCUACCUUUCUAAUUGAUAAAACAGAUAUCUAUCAAAAUGAAACGAAAACUUCCCGUGAAACAGAAAGAAAUGAAACGGAAAAGGUUAUGAGUACAGAAAAGAUAGCAAUGAAUGAAAAGGCUGACAACAUUACAAAAAAAGAUGAGACACAAAACCAAUAG